AUGACUGAAAUCGAAAAGAAUGAGAUAAAUAAUCAGUCUUCUACCGCAGAGACCAAAGAAAAUCAUCCUACGGAAGAGCCUGCACUUAAUGACUCGACAAAUUUAGACCAAGUGCAAACUGCCGUGCAGCCCAAAGAAACGCUUACCAGAAGAAGGGGCUUGCUACCAUACCUUGUCCUUGUAUCAGCACCGGCUAAUUCCAAAGAGGUGGACCGCAGACUGAAAUUUGGUGUUACUUUAAUUGUUUCCUUAGCAGGAAUAGCGGCCCCUUUGGGCAGUACGAUACUUAUGCCUGUCCUCAAAGACAUUGCCCAGGAUCUCAACACAACCGCCGCUAUCGUCAAUUUAUCCGUUGCCUUCUACUCGCUCGCAGUUGCAUUCACGCCGCUAUGGUGGUCGUACUUUUCAGAACAAUACGGUCGCAGAGCUAUAUACUUGAUAUCCUUUCUAUUACUAGCUGUUUUCAAUGUCUUGGCUGCAGUAAGCGUCAAUAUCGGCAUGUUUAUCGCAAUGCGUCUAUUGGCUGGCGGAGCCUGUGCCUCUGUUCAAGCUGUCGGUGCCGGAACCAUAGCUGAUAUAUGGGAGGUCCGUGAAAGAGGGAAGGCUAUGGGUAUAUUCUACCUUGGGCCAAUCCUCGGACCACUGAUUGCCCCAGUAAUUGGGGGUGCGGUGGCUAUCAAAUGGAGCUGGCGUAGCACCCAAUGGGUUAUGGUCAUCUACGGGUUCCUGGUCUUCAUCCUUGUCAUCUUCCUGCUCCCAGAAACGUCUUAUAUACAAAAACAACAGAAGGAAAAAGAAAACACCGAACCAGAAAAUGGAAAAGCCGCUUGGAAGUCACGGCUUUUAAGUGCAGGAAAUGUGGCUAUUUCCCCGGUUAAAGUGGCUUGUCUGUUACGCUUCAUGCCUAUUCUGAUUACCGUGUUCUACACUAGUAUCACAUUCGCUGGGUACUAUAUUGUGAAUAUUACGGUUCAGAAGGUUUUUUCUUCUCCACCAUACGGCUUUUCACCUUUGAUUGUGGGCUUAACCUAUAUCCCUAGCGCUUUAGGCAGUAUUCUCGGCGCAAUAUUUGGUGGUAGAUGGACAGACCAUAUCAUGAAACGAGAAGCCAGCAAAGCCGGGCGGUAUGAUGAAAAUGGAAACAUUAAAUUCCGCCCAGAUGACCGCAUCAUGGAAAAUGUGUUGAUUUCAGCCCUGCUAUAUCCUGCUGCAAUGCUCUGGUUUGGAUGGACAGCGGACAAGCAUGUCUUUUGGUUUGUGUUGUGCCUAGCAACAUUCUUCUACGGGUUUGGAAUGAUGCUGAUAUCCAAUGUCAUGACUACGAUGCUUACCGAGUUCGUGCCAAAACGAUCCAGUACAGGGGUAGCGGUUAACAACCUCUUUCGAAACUCAUUGGCAUGUGUAGCACUUGUGAUUGCUGAUCCGCUGAGUAAUGCUAUCGGCACAGGGUGGUUGUUGACAUUAACUGCCUUCAUCUGCUGGCUUAGUUGUCUAGUGCUGAUUCCGAUGAAAUACAAAGCGGACAAAUGGAGUAAAGAGAUGGCGGAAAAAAUUCCCCAGCUUUCAAUUUGA